UCUCUCUCUCUUCAUGCCGAGCCCCCUUAUGGCGCCGCGGUGAAAAAAAAACAGCCGUCAAACGUCAUUUCCUGUUCGACGGUGUGUUUCCUUCUUUCCGUUUCCAAGCGUUAGCUAAAAAGGCAGUACAGUAAAGAUGUUGAUGCCCAAGAAGAACCGCAUUGCCAUCUACGAGCUCCUCUUCAAGGAAGGGGUAAUGGUGGCUAAGAAGGACGUGCAUCUGGCCAAGCAUCCAGAACUGGCAGAAAAGAAUGUGCCUAACCUGCACGUCAUGAAAGCUAUGCAGACUCUGAAGUCUUGCGGGUACGUCAAGGAGCAGUUCGCCUGGCGCCACUUCUACUGGUACCUCACCAACGAGGGCAUCCAGUACCUGAGGGACUUCCUGCACCUGCCGCCCGAAAUCGUGCCCGCCACCCUGCGCCGCCAAACUCGUCCAGAGACCGCGCGACCCAGACCCAAAGGCAUGGAGGGAGACAGGCCGGCUCGCAUGCCCCGUGGAGAAACGGACAGAGACUCCUACAGGCGCUCGGCAGCGCCAGGCGGUGGUGACAAGAAGGCCGAGGCGGGCGCCGGGGCGGCCACAGAAUUCCAGUUUAGAGGGGGCUUCGGACGCGGCCGGGGACAGCAGCCUCAGUAAAUCAGUCUCAUCGCAGAGGCAGCGCUCUCGACCUGCGCAGACAUGUUUUUGUACAUUAAAGUCCCAUCAACCACA